CAAGUGGAGAAGGGAGGAGGAGGAGGAAGAGGAGGAGGAGGAGGAGGAGGAAAACGCUCUCACUCAAGGGAGACACGCGUUCAUACAAGGACAGCAUAAAAAAGCGACAAAUUUUACUCCGUUUAAAGUGGAGAUAACAAAUUAUUUCCACUCCCCCAUCUCCAUCAUCUACCCCUGCAGCAAUUAAUCGUCCCACAUCACGUCCUCCAUUCACCCUUACAAAGAAAACGGCAAGUAAACACGACAAUAAGUCCUAGCUCACUCAACAUGAGGAGGCUCCGUCAGUUGAGCUCUGGAAGCCAAGACCAAGACCUUAACCCUGAGACUACUGCAGGAGACAUCGGGGAAACGCACUUGGGUCUCGAUGACAUCCGCGGAAGUCCACUCUCCUGGUGCCGGAUUGUUGGCAUUCACGUGAUUGUCAGGAACCAUCUAGGAGAGUACGUGGUGAGCGGCCUAAGCGUCACCCAGGCCGUGGCGAUGCUUGGGAUAAGUGUCGUGUGCCUGGGAAUAGUGGGGCGGAAGCUCUUCAUGCCUAUUCCUUUGUGGUUCUUCAUGGUUCUCUUCUCUGUCGUCUGCGGGAUUGCCUUCUGCGUCUUCGCCUUCACCCACACCUUCUGCAACGCCAGGAGGAUGCAGCGGUACAUGGCGGCCUUCGGUAAUGUGCCAGCGAGGGUCGGCAGAGGCAGGACGGUGAUGAGUGGUGUGUGUUACCCUAUGCUGGUGUCCGUCGCUACGUGUCUCCUGCUGCCGGAGUGGGUCAUGGCCUUGCCCAGUGUGCUUAUGACCUCUGCCGUGCCCGCCCUCCUCGACGCCUACAUGGUUUACUUCUCCAGGGGCCUCAGGGACAAGCUGCAGAACCUGGCGAGGGAGGUGAGGCGCCGGGACUCAUGGACGACGCGAGAAGUGAGUGAUGUGAGUCUCCGGUGGGUGGCGGUGACGCAGCUCCUUAAGGAACAUAACAAGAUCUUCAGCCUGACGCUUCUCCUUCGCCUGCUACUCACGCUGGUGCAGGCAAUGGCGUACCUCAUCGUGCUCUGGGCUACCACCAACAAGAUUCUCUCCUGUCUGCCUGUGCUCGCCGUCACCUUCUUGCCUCUCCUCGAACUAAUUCUUCGCCUCUUCCACCUCUGUCAAAGCGGUGAGGAGCUGGCCAGGGCGGGCGAGGGCGUGGUGGCUGGGGUGCGGUGCGCGGCGUACACACAACCCGCAGCCUCGGCCCAGCAGCUUGACCUGAGCGCCCUCGCUGCCCGCCUUGAGGCACACCAGACCCGCCUCCGCAUCUGGGGCAUGGACAGCCUGUCCAGCUCCACCUUCGUCACCAUCUCUGGCCUCGUGCUGACGUACCUAGUGGCGCUGAUCCAGUUCUGUGCCAGCGAGAGGAUGGACUGGGUGGGCGGCGACCAGCAAGGGGUGUUCCGCCGCCUCAACAUCUGCUUCCCGGAGGACGCGCAGAACCUCACCUACAGGCCUCUGACAGAAAGCAUGCCACCCUUACCGGCCUCCUUCGCUAGUCUGUGAAGGGCAAGACCGUGAAGAAAUUAGAAUAUGAAGUGAAAAUCAGUCUUCUUUUCAGUUUAAAUCCCUAUUCUAGGCUUCUAUGGAGUCUUUUCCAGGUGUUUCUUUCUAGUGCCAUUCUUUCGCUUAUUCAUUUGUCUCUCACGUAUUUUUCAGCCUUUUCACUGCGACAUGCACCAACUGACACUGAAAAUAUUGUGCAAAAUCUUAACAAACACUUACCAGAAAGAAAGAUAAAAAGUAACUAAAUGUACAGAUUGUCCAACUUCAAAUCAGUAAAAUGUUUAGAGGCGGCUGUGGAAUAAACAAGAAAAUCCUUAAAGAGGAUUGUGAUUAAGGAACAAAGCACUAAAU